AUGGUCAAGGAAUUGUCCGCGCGGUACCGAAGCAAGUGCCCGCCGUCAUCGCACCUAGAGCGGAAGGCGCACCUACGAUCCAGCAGCUUCUUGGACUUGGAGCACCACCAACACCAGCACCAGCACCAGCACUAUUACUAUUGCGACGACGAGGACGAAGACGACGAGGACGAGGACGACGAGGACGACUACUAUAUCCAGGGUCACUACUACGAGCGCCAGCCGCCGCCGCCGCCGCCAACCAACUACUACCACUACCACCAUCAGGAGCGCCAUCCGAGGCCCGAGUCGGGACAUCGCAGGAUGGACCAGUCUAGUGGUGGUGGUGGUGCUAGUGACGCUGACCAUCCGGUAGAGCGCCCGAAUCCGUCGCCGGCCGCCACUACCUCCGCCGCCACCGCAUCGACGAGCGAGCUCGCCGGCGACCCGACACGACACGACGCACCCGAGCGCGCCGGCCCUAAGAUGGCGCUGACCGCCGAAGAUGGCGGCGGCCGAAGCUCGCCAGCGAAGGCCGCUACCGUCGUCGGGCCGGGUCCGAGCGGCAACGCACUGCCCGGUGGCCCGCCAGUAGCUUCGAUUCGCUCGAGCACGACGGUGCUGCCAGCCACGAACUCCGCCGACUCGGCCACGACUCAGGCACCGCCUCAACAGCCGCCAGCAGCAGGAGCAGCAGCUGCGAGCCAGGCUCUCGCAAGUGACACGCCACAACCAGUGAAACCGUUGCCGGCCCCGCCACCGAAUAAAGGGCGCCCGCCCGGCAAGGAUCGGUCUCCCGGAGCGGCCGCCAACAGUAGCAGCAGCAGUCCGCACCUCAACAAUCUAUCAAACGCAGGAGCCGCCGCCGGACAGCCGCCGGCCACAUUCAACCACCAGCACCAGCAGCAGCCCGCCCGGCCACCGAGCAGCCCGCUCAGUAGCCCGCAGGAACCGUCGUUUCCGGCGCCCCGGGGACCGCCACCGAUCGCGGCCGGUAUCCGGCCGCGCAAGGGCGGCUGGAAGAGCCGCCAGGCGGACAGCGGCUCGUUCGGGAACAACCCGGCUCCCAACGGCGACGACGAAGACCCCGCCACCGCAGGAUCCGUGCCCCCGCUGGUCCGACGCCAGCCGAUCCACGUCAAUCCGGUCAUCAACCGUGACAAGCUCGCCAGUGGCGGCGGCGUCGUAGGUGGAGGCGGCGGUGGCGGCGGCGGCUGGGGUCAGCGGCAACGCCAGAACCAGAGCCAGGGCCCAGGACCUGCUGGACCCGGCGGCGGCGGGGGUGCAACACCAACGGCGGCGGCGACCACACCAGCGGCUGCAGCAGUCACCGCGUCCGGUUCGGGUAGCGGCAGUGGUUCGCAGUCAUCGCAGGUUGCGGCCAUCAGGCGGAACCACCAGCAGCAGCCGCGCGGCCCGGACUUGGGGCUGGAGCUGGCCGGUGACCUGGCCGACAGUGUCCCCGGGCCGUCGGGGCUACUGCCGAGCAACCCGGGCGUGCCUGGCACGAUCGGGGGCAACCCGCAGUCACGCUACUCAAACCUGUCGUUCUGGAAGGCGCGCAGGGUGCUGUUCUACCGGAAUGGCGAUCCCUUCUUCCCCGGCGUCGAGUUCCGGUUCAAGCCGGGCCGCGACAUCUGCACGCUCGAGGCACUGCUGGACAAGAUCUCCGCCCGGAUGGACCUGCCGCGCGGGGCCCGCUACAUCUUCUCGAUGGACGGCGACCGCAAGUACGCGCUGGACGAGCUGGAGGACGGUUCCAGCUACGUCGUCUCGUCGUUCAAGGUGUUCAAGCCGGCCAGCUACGGGAAGAAGAAUGGUGUGUGGUACGCAUCGCCCGGCAACCAGGGCUGGGGUAUCGGUGCCGCCGGUGGCGCUACACCCGCACGGCUCGGCCGCAAGCCGUCGGUCACCGAGGUGGACAACAUGGCGUCGGGGAGCCUGAAGCCGAGUGCCGGGCGUGUGAUCCGCAUCAUCAACAGCCACGACCACAGUGUGCAGUGCCGCGUGCUGCUGAACCUGCGCACCUCGCAGCCGUUCGAGGAGGUCCUGGAGGACCUCGGGCAAGUGCUGAAAAUGAUCGGAGCCAAAAAGAUGUAUACCAACAACGGUCAGGAGGUGCGCAGCUUCUCCCAGCUGCGCAACGAGUUUGCCGAGGUGGAGACGUUCUACCUGAGCAACACGCCCUCCCUGCCUCUCGGGGCGCUCGGCCCGGGCGUGAUCCCGCCGUCACCCGGGCGCCGCUCGCGCUCCCGGCUCGGCGGUUCCAUGCCGGACGACCUGUCGAAGACGGCCACGGCACGGCAGCGGGCCCGCAGCAAGAGCCGGCCGCGUGUCCUGUACGUGCCGGAGAAUGAGCUGGUGCGCGCCUCGUCCGACUACCCGCUGCUGGACGCGAUGAAGGAGGAACCCACCCGCAUCACGAUCCGCGGCUUGCGGCGCACCUUCUACCCGCCCAUCCAUCAUCCGCCCAUUGAUAACGCACCGCCGGACAAGAAGCUCUCGCUCUUCUGGGUCCACGGCUACCGGGGCAUCGACUCGAAGCGUAACCUGUGGGUGCUGCCCUCUGGCGAGCUGCUCUACUACGUGGCGGCCGUCGCCGUGCUGUACGACCGGGAGGAGGACGCCCAGCGCCACUACACUGGCCACACCGAGGACAUCAUGUGCAUGGAGGUGCACCCGUCGCGGGAGCUGGUCGGGUCCGGGCAGCGGGCGGGCCGGGACCGAAAGUCGCAGGCUCACGUCCGCAUUUGGAGCACCGAGUCGCUGCAGACACUGUACGUGUUCGGGAUGGGUGAGCUCGACUCGGGCGUCAUCGCGGUCGCCUUCUCGCAGCUGAACGGUGGCAGCUACAUCCUGGCGGUGGACGCCGGCCGCGAGAGCAUACUGUCCGUGUGGCAGUGGCAGUGGGGCCAUCUGCUGGGCAAGGUGGCGACCCUGCAGGAGGGCAUCUGGGGCGCCACGUUCCACCCGCUCGAUGACAAUCUCCUCAUCACGCACGGCCGGGGACACCUGGCUUUCUGGCACCGGCGGAAAGAUGGGUUCUUCGAGAAGACCGACAUCAUCAAACCGCCGGCCAGGACCUUCGUCACCUGCGUCCAGUUCGAGCCAGACGGCGACGUCAUCACGGCCGACAGCGACGGGUUCAUCACGAUCUACAGCGUCGACGCGGACGGGGCGUACUUCGUGCGCAUGGAGUUCGAGGCCCACAACAAGGCCAUCGCCUGCAUGGUCAUGCUGUCCGAGGGUACGCUCAUCUCGGGUGGCGAGAAAGACCGCAAGAUCGCCGCCUGGGAUUCGCUCCAGAACUAUAAGCGCAUCACGGACAUCAAGCUGCCCGAGUCAGCGGGCGGCGUACGGUCGAUCUAUCCGCAGCGACCGGGGCGCAACGAUGGCAACAUCUACGUCGGCACGACGCGCAACAACAUCCUGGAGGGAUCGCUGCAGCGGCGCUUCAACCAGGUCAUCUUCGGGCACGGCAAGCAGCUGUGGGCGCUGGCCGCUCACCCGGACGACGAGGUGUUCGCGACCGGCGGCCACGACAAGUUCGUGGCCCUCUGGCGGCGCCAGAAGCUGAUCUGGACGACCUCGGUCGGGUACGAGAUCAUCUCGCUCGCGUUCCACCCGUACGGUGCGGCCCUGGCGGCCGGCAGCUCCGAGGGCCACCUAAUCGUCAUCAACGCCGAGAACGGGGCGACGAUGCUGACGAUCCGUGUCUGCGGCUCACCGCUGAACGCCGUCGAGUUCAACCAAGUCGGCGACAUGAUCGGCAUCGGGUCACAGAACGGCAGCAUCUACCUGUUCCGGGUGUCGCGCGACGGCUUCUCGUACAAGAAGAUCAACAAGAUCCGCGGCUCGCAACCGCUGACGCACCUGGACUGGAGCUCGGAGGGCAACUUCCUGCAGUCGGUCACGGUCGACUUCGACCUGCUGUUCUGGGACGUGAAGUCACUGUCGCCGGAGAAGAGCCCGAUCGCGAUGAAGGACGUCAAGUGGAUGACCAGCAACAGCACGGUCGGGUUCCUGGUGGCGGGCCUGUGGAACAACCGGUACUACCCGGCGCCGGCCAACACGGUCGUCACGACGACGGCUCGCACCGCGGCCCAGGACCUGCUGGCGUCGGGCGACGCCGACGGCUACCUGCGCCUGUUCCGCUACCCCGUCAUCACGCCCCGGGCUGAGUUCACCGAGGCGAAGGUGUACUCCGGCACGCUGGCCUGCCUCAAGUUCCUGUACGGCAACCACAGUCUGGUGACGGUCGGCGGCACCGACGCGUCGCUCAUGAUCUGGGAGCUGACCGAGGAAUAG